GCCUCUCAAAACGGCAUGAAAAUAAAACAGUUGAUCGUGAAGAGUCACUAAUUAGGCCUCUUCCAGAUGAUUGUAAUGACGAAAGCCUGCUACGUCGUAUUUAGACGGCAGUGUCUUGAGGGACAUCUUUUUCGGACACUCUUGAACGUCGAAGGGCGUAGCUGGUGCUUGUCUCGCUUCCUGGUUCCCGAGGAGCAGCGAGUACGUCGCUCACAAGUUUACUCGACACCAGGAGAGGUUCGUUUUUGGGGGGGCACCAAACACCUCCGUGGAGGGGGACCUGGACUCACAUGUCCCCAGUAGAGAUUUUGUGUUUUUUUGUGUCAAGUGAGUCGAGGUCCUCUGUAGCGUGCCAUACAAAUGAGGCUCUGCCUCCCCUGAUUGCAUGACCCUAGAUGGUUGUUUGUCCUGCCCGCAGUUGACUGACGACCAGUCCAACCUGUAUGUCGCUUCUUGCCCAAAUUCAACUGGGAUAGGUUCCAGUUACCUGUGACCCUAAUGAGGUAACUUGAGAUUUGCUUGAAACUUGAAGAUUAAAGGCCUCAAUAUACCAAACCAACGCUCAUAUAAGAUUGCCGACUGCUGCGUGGGCCUAAACGUCGGCAUAUUGGGCCAUAAGACUUAUGACUUGCACAUCUGUAAGCAGAACCUCUGAAGCUGACUGGACCUUGCCAUGGCUCCUGCAAGGACUUGGCUCCCCUGGGCCAAUUGCCAGGACAAAACGUCCUCUGGUCCAGACGAGGAGAGGGAGAAAUACUGGGGGGAGCUGUUUGAUCAGCUGGAUCUCAACAAAGAUGGAUGCAUUGACAUACAUGAACUACGUAGAGGGCUGGCGGGUCAAGGACUGUCCAGAGCUUCACUGGAAAGGAUUGUAGAGGCAGGGGACACCAAUGAGGACGGAGUGCUUGACUUUGAAGAGUUCACGCAAUACCUACGUACCCAUGAAAAGCAGCUCAAACUCAUGUUUCGCACACUGGACAAAAACAAUGAUGGUGAGAUAGAUGCAGCAGAGAUCCAGCAAUCUCUACAUGCUGUUGGCUUAGACAUCAGUCUCAAGGCUGCCACCAGGAUUUUAAAAAGUAUAGACAAGGAUGGGACCAUGACCAUUGACUGGAUUGAGUGGCGGGACUACUUCCUGUUUAACCCUCUCACAAACAUGGAGGAAGUGGCACGCUACUGGAAACGUUCAAUGAUGUUGGACUUAGGUGAGCAGCUGACAGUUCCAGAUGAGUUUUCAGAAGAGGAGAAAAAGUCUGGCUAUGUGUGGCGGCAGCUGAUGGCAGGAGCCUUGGCUGGAUCCAUAUCACGGAGCGGGACAGCCCCCUUAGAUCGUCUUAAAGUCUUCCGGCAGGUUCAUGGGUCCUCUCUGUUUAGUGGGAAUGUAUUGAGUGGUUUUCAGUACAUGGUAAAAGAGGGAGGACUGCAGUCCUUUUGGAGGGGCAAUGGAAUCAAUGUUCUUAAAAUUGCCCCAGAGACUGCAAUCAAAUUUACAGCUUAUGAAAAGAUCAAGCAUAUAAUGUAUGGCAGAAAGGACACAAAAAAUCUCAGGGCUCAUGAGCGAUUUUUUGCUGGCUCGUUGGCUGGUGCGACCGCUCAGACAGCCAUCUACCCACUGGAGGUGAUGAAGACCCGACUCACGCUUAGAAAAACAGGCCAGUUCUCAGGAAUGUUUGACUAUGCCAAGCAGAUCCUGCAGAGGGAAGGAGUUGCAGCCUUUUACAAGGGUUAUGUGCCUAAUUUGUUGAGUAUUGUGCCUUAUGCAGGCAUUGACCUGGCAGUCUAUGAGACACUAAAGUUUGCAUGGCUAAAUAGGAACAGAGGCGUGGCGGACCCAGGGGUCACGGUAUUGGUUGGCUGUGGUGCAGUCUCCAGCACCUGUGGGCAGCUGGCAAGUUACCCUCUUGCACUGAUCCGCACCAGAAUGCAAGCUCAAGCCUCAGUGAAAGGCUCCACUAAGCCAUCAAUGUCUGCCUUGAUUCACACCAUUGUGACCCAAGAAGGUGUGGCCGGCCUAUAUCGAGGAAUUUCCCCCAAUUUGCUGAAAGUCAUCCCUGCUGUCAGCGUGUCCUAUGUUGCAUACGAGUACACAAGAAUGGCCCUGGGAGUGGACGUUGAGGGUAGGCGGGGAGGUAAAGGGAAGGUGUAAAACUGAGUGGAUGGUUUGUUGUGACUUGCAUCUGCAAGAAAAUACAGAUCUGUUAAUCCUGCAUGAAGAAGGGGACUUUGACAGUGGCUGAAUUCAGAGUCCUGUGAUUGCAAGUCUUGAUGGAAAAGUAGUAAAUGAGAAAGCACUGCCCUGCCUUUGGAUGACCUCAGAUGACAUGGAUGCAAUGAGCAAUUUUAUGUGUGAGUUGCAUUGCACUGUUUGAACUAGCAUCUGCAUUCAUAUUUACAAAUGAUGCAUGAAUUUAUCUGCGAAGUAACAGGUGCUCCAUUAAGAGGUUCUGUGUUUUCCAAAUAACUGCAAGAGGAUUUUUCAGCCUUUUCUUCUCUCUCAGGUGUAAUGUAGAGAAGAUAGAUGGCGGACAAGAGCGUGGUUCCAGUGUUCGAAGGUCACUGCAAAAGUGUUUUACAGUUUGUGGGCUAACAUGUCUCAAGCAAUUGGAGUAAACACUGAAGCACAGAAGGGCUCAUCAAACAAUGGCUAUCAGCACAACUCGAAAGCAGCCGUCAUUCAAAUAGUAAAUCUAGAAUAAGUAGAAUAAGCUAAUGUUGAAUAGUGGUUUUACAAGCAAACCUCCAAAAGACUGUACAUUUGAACAGGUCAGAUGAUGUCUCACAGCUCUUCUUGAAUGUUGAUUUGCCUGUAGAAGAGUUUGGGUUAGCUUUUAAAAAAAAAACAA